AUGUCUGGAAACACCAAGGCCUUCUUUGACAUUCAGUACGCCCCUGUGGGCAGCUCUGCCCCCAAGACGUCCCGUGUCGUCUUCAACCUCUACGAGAAGGACGUCCCCAAGACCGCGAAGAACUUCCGUGAGCUCUGCAAGGCUCCUCAGGGUCAGGGUUACAAGGGCUCCAGCUUCCACCGUAUCAUCCCCAGCUUCAUGCUUCAGGGUGGUGACUUCACCCGCGGCAACGGUACCGGUGGUCGCUCCAUCUACGGCGAGAAGUUCGCCGAUGAGAACUUCAUCUACAAGCACACCCGCCCUGGUCUCCUCUCCAUGGCCAACGCUGGCCCCAACACCAACGGCUCCCAGUUCUUCAUCACCACCGUUGUGACUUCUUGGCUCGACGGCAAGCACGUUGUCUUCGGUGAGGUCGCCGACGAGGAUUCCAUGAAGGUCGUCAAGGAGAUCGAGGCUCUCGGCAGCAACACCGGUGCCGUGCGCUCCAACAUCAAGCCCACCAUUGUUGACGCUGGUGAGUUGUAA